AUGGGAGCAAACACCUCCAGCAAGUCACCAGCCCUUGAUGAAAAUGAAGAUGUCACCUUCGACCAUUUUGAAAUUUUGCGAGCUAUUGGAAAGGGCAGCUUUGGAAAAGUCUGCGUUGUGCAGAAGAACGACACGAAGAAGAUGUAUGCCAUGAAAUACAUGAAUAAACAAAAGUGCGUGGAGCGUAACGAAGUGAGAAAUGUUUUCAAGGAGCUGCAGAUUAUGCAGGGCCUGGAACACCCCUUCUUAGUUAAUUUAUGGUACUCAUUCCAGGAUGAAGAAGAUAUGUUUAUGGUUGUAGACCUGCUGCUUGGAGGGGACCUGCGUUACCAUCUCCAACAAAACGUGCGGUUCCAAGAAGGCACCGUGAAACUCUUCAUCUGUGAGCUGGUGCUGGCCCUUGACUAUCUCCAGAGCAGGCACAUCAUCCACAGAGACAUCAAACCUGACAACAUUUUGCUGGAUGAGCAUGGACACGUACACAUCACCGAUUUCAAUAUUGCCACGAUGCUGACUAAAGAAAUCCAAGUCACCACCAUUGCUGGCACAAAGCCCUACAUGGCUCCUGAAAUGUUUAACUCCACACAACCCAUGGGCUACUCCUUCGCUGUGGACUGGUGGUCCCUGGGAAUCACUGCCUACGAGCUGCUCAGGACCCGGAGGCCGUACCACAUUCGCUCCAACACUUCCAUGAAUGAAAUUGUUCAUGUGUUCAAGACAGCGACAGUGAUGUACCCCGCUGCCUGGUCCAGGGACAUGGUGUCGCUCAUCAAAAAGCUGCUAGAGCUGAACCCCGAGAAGCGUUUUUCUCAGCUGAAAGACAUCCAGGACUUGCCCUAUCUGUCAGAUGUGAACUGGGAUGCAGUUCUCCAGAAAAGGAUAAGGCCAGAAUUCAUCCCCACGAAAGGCAGACUGAACUGUGACCCAACCUUUGAACUGGAAGAAAUGAUCCUAGAAUCCAAACCUCUUCACAAGAAGAAAAAGCGCUUGGCUAAGAAGAAAGACACCAGCAAAAGCAAUUCCUCCCAGGCCUGCCAUCUUCAAAAGCACCUAGACAUGCUCCAGAGGGACUUCAUUGUUUUCAACAGAGAGAAGUAA